CUCGCGAUCUCAGCAACCUUCAAGUCAACCACCUUAACCAACUCUACUCUUAUCAACAAUGUCUGGCCGUGGAAAGGGCGGAAAGGGCCUUGGCAAGGGCGGCGCGAAGCGUCACCGCAAGAUUUUGCGCGACAACAUUCAGGGUAUCACGAAGCCCGCUAUCCGUCGCCUCGCUCGUCGUGGUGGUGUCAAGCGUAUCUCUGGCCUCAUCUACGAGGAGACCCGCGGUGUUUUGAAGAUCUUCCUUGAGAACGUCAUCCGCGACUCUGUCACCUACACUGAACACGCCAAGCGCAAGACUGUCACUGCGCUCGACGUCGUCUACGCCUUGAAGCGCUCAGGGAAGACCCUCUACGGCUUCGGCGCAUGAU